AUAGCAGUUUAUCUGACAGCUGACUGAAAAUUUGUUUUCAUAAACAAACAUGAACCUAAUUGGUUUCAAGUAGAUCCGAUUUUCAAAAUAUGAUUCAAAAUUCUUAGUUUUUGUUAUGACAUAGUGAACACUUAGUUUUAAUUUUGUAUACAUAAAAUUCCAGUAGGGGCAUACUCUUCAUCACAGAACACCCAAAAUGAACAGAAGAGACCCUUGCCCUCGUGCGCAUGCACCUUCUCGGAUACCAGCACCAACAUAUCGCCGCCAACAACAACAGUUUGGGUCUCCGCCUUCCGGACCUAAUCAGAGGGUACAUUUAGCUAUUGAAGAAACCAUCAGAGGCCCACUGAGGCCAGGAACUCGUGGUGGCCAGCGUAGACAACCGCAACAAACUUGCCCUAAUGAGUCUAGACGACGUAGACAUACAGGAGCCGAUCUUCCAUGUCUACGAAGACCUCCCCCUGGAGGUGACCAGACCCGGACCGGUACCGGCUGGGCGGCUCAGCUUCCUCACUUACAGUUACCUCGAAGCUGCGGUCGACAGCAGGGAGUGUACCGCGAUCCCCAGCACCGCAACGAGUUUCAACAAUCACAAGGCUCUGCUCAGCAGGGAGGACUUCGCCGCUGCCCAGCGUAUCAUGACGAGUUCCGACGAUCACACUCGGAAGUCUCGUUCCCGAGGCAACGACCUCCUCCUUGUGGUGCAGACCAGAUGCGUACAAGUACAGGUUGGGCUAGCCAGAUCCCACGUCUACAGACAUAUCGGGGCGAGCCAAGGCCUACUGGUGUUCAUCGCUGUCCCUCACAUCGCAAUGAGUUCGGGCGUUCCCAGUCGGAAAUUUCGUUUCAAAGGCGACGCAGCCCUCCCAGUGGCGCGGAUCAGAUGAGGACAAGUAGAGGUUGGGCACAACAGCUUCCCCACCUGCACACAUCUCGGGAAGGCUCAGGACCUUCAAGACAUCGGCACUGUCCCUCGUAUCGGAAUGAGUUUGCACAAUCCCAAGCCCACCUCGGAAGGCCGUCGUCGGGAGUUAGACAAUGCCCUUCAUAUCGGAACGAAUUUGGACGAUCGCAAUCGGAAAUCAGUGUUCCAAGACUGCGAGGGCCUUCUCCGAGCGGUAAUCAAAUGAGGACUGGUGUCGGCUGGGCAACUCAACUUCCGGACAUUCAGGUGACACGGCCUACGCCAACCCCUGAAGGAGUUCGCCGUGACCCAGGCUACCGUAAUGAAUUCCGACACACAGACAUUUUUCCAACACAGUCUGGUAAUAGAAGGGAAACAGCUGCUAGAGCUUUGGAACAAAUUCAGAGCAUCAUGUGUGACGCGAGGCAAAGAGUAAACGAAGUAGCUCAAAAUGUAUUGCAGCGUCGCCAAUAGUCUUUACUUCUAAUUAUGAAGUGUGGAAAGUUAUGUAUACAAAAUAAAACUUUUUUUAUAGUAA